AUGAAGUUCAAAAUCGCUAUCAUUGCUGCCGUGGCUCUAGCGGCCUUCGUAGACGCUUUCCCUGCUCCCAUCGCUGGCCCUCCCAGCGGCGGCAACAAUAAGCCAGGUCCUCCAGCGAAGCCCCCUUCGAAGCCGCCUUCCCAUUCUCCCAAACCUCCUACUCAUCCUCCUCCCAAACCCCCAGUGCGUCCUAAACCUCCACCUAAACCCCCUUCCAAACCCAAGCCACCCGCGCAACGUCCCCGCCCCAAACCGAAGGCCACGAAACCGUAUAAUCCUUAUCCCAGGCCUAAAGCGCCUUACAGACCAUACAAGCAAUACAAACCCUAUAAGCCCUACCGUCCUCGUCCCAAUCCAGAGCCUCCAAAGCCGGAUCCCCCCAGGCCGGAGUCCCCCAAGCCGGAUCCCCCCAAGCCUGAACCGCCUAAACCGGAGCCUCCGAAGCCAGAGCCUCCAAAGCCUGAACCACCCAAACCAGAACCCCCCAAGCCGGAGCCUCCCAAACCCGAACCGCCCAAACCGGAGCCUCCGAAGCCUGAGCCGCCAAAGCCUGAACCACCCAAACCAGAGCCUCUUAAGCCCGAACCCCCCAAACCAGAACCCCCAAAGCCGGAGCCUCCAAAGCCAGAGCCGCAGCCUUCAAAGCCGCGUCCACCUCGUUACCCUUACCCACCUCCGAAACCGCCCAAGCCGCCUGUCCACCCACCCAAACCUGAACCACCUAAACCGGAGCCUCCAAAGCCUGAACCUCCCAAACCAGAACCCCCCAAGCCUGAGCCUCCCAAACCCGAACCGCCCAAACCGGAGCCUCCCAAGCCUGAGCCGCCAAAGCCUGAACCACCCAAACCAGAGCCUCCCAAGCCUGAACCUCCCAAACCCGAACCGCCCAAACCCGAACCGCCCAAACCCGAGCCGCCCAAACCAGAGCCUCCCAAGCCCGAGCCUCCCAAACCAGAGCCUCCCAAACCUGAACCGCCAAAGCCUGAACCGCCCAAACCCCAACCGCCUAAGCCUGAGCCUCCAAAACCAGAACCUCCAAAGCCUGAACCUCCCAAGCCUCAGCCACCAAAGCCGGAGCCUCCCAAACCUGAACCACCGAAACCACAACCCCCCAAGCCUGAACCUCCAAAGCCUGAACCUCCAAAGCCGGAGCCUCCCAAACCAGAGCCCCCCAAACCAGAGCCCCCGAAGCCUGAACCUCCCAAACCCGAACCCCCCAAGCCUGAGCCUCCCAAACCCUAUCCACCGAAACCUGAACCGCCAAAGCCUCAGCCUCAAAAGCCCGAAGUUCCCAAACCAGAGCCGCCCAAACCAGAACCCCCCAAGCCUGAGCCUCCAAAGCCGGAGCCUCCAAAACCUGAACCACCGAAGCCUGAACCGCCAAAGCCGGAACCUCCCAAACCACAACCCCCCAAGCCUGAACCUCCAAAGCCCGAGCCUCCCAAACCGGAGCCUCCAAAGCCAGAGCCCCCCAAACCUGAACCUCCCAAACCAGAACCACCGAAACCGGAGCCUCCAAAGCCUGAGCCGCCAAAGCCUGAGCCGCCAAAGCCGGAACCACCGAAGCCGGAGCCUCCAAAACCAGAGCCUCCAAAGCCAGAGCCCCCCAAACCAGAGCCCCCGAAGCCAGAGCCUCCCAAACCCGAACCUCCCAAGCCUGAACCGCCCAAACCCGAACCGCCCAAACCAGAGCCUCCAAAGCCAGAGCCCCCGAAACCUGAACCACCGAAGCCUGAACCUCCCAAACCCGAACCCCCCAAGCCGGAGCCUCCCAAGCCGGAGCCUCCCAAACCGGAGCCUCCAAAGCCAGAACCCCCCAAACCAGAGCCUCCAAAGCCAGAGCCCCCGAAGCCUGAACCACCGAAGCCUGAACCUCCCAAACCCGAACCCCCCAAGCCGGAGCCUCCCAAACCGGAGCCUCCAAAGCCAGAGCCUCCCAAGCCUGAGCCGCCCAAGCCUGAACCACCCAAACCCGAGCCUCCAAAGCCCGAACCCCCCAAACCAGAACCCCCAAAGCCUGAACCCCCCAAGCCGGAGCCUCCAAAGCCGGAGCCCCCCAAACCAGAGCCUCCCAAACCAGAACCCCCCAAGCCAGAGCCGCCUAAGCCUGAACCACCUAAACCCGAGCCUCCAAAGCCCGAACCCCCCAAGCCUGAACCACCAAAACCAGAACCUCCAAAGCCGGAGCCUCCAAAGCCAGAGCCCCCAAAACCUGAACCUCCCAAACCCGAACCCCCCAAGCCUGAGCCUCCCAAGCCUGAGCCUCCCAAGCCUGAGCCGCCGAAGCCAGAGCCUCCAAAGCCAGAACCCCCCAAGCCAGAGACUCCUGGCCCAGAGGGCGGAGGCGGUGGUGGAGAAACUUGA